AUGGCGGACUUCAAGGAUAAGGUCAUCGUGCUGACAGGAGCCUCCAAUGGAAUCGGCGCAGCAACGGCUCAACUGUUUCUGGAACAAGGCGCCAAACUCGCAGCACUGGACAUUGUCGACGCUCCACCAUCAACUGAUGCCCAACGGCUCAAUAUCAAAUGCGACGUCUCGUCAGAGGAGUCCGUGAAUGCAGCAAUCAAGCAAGUUCUGGACAAGUGGUCCACCAUCGACGCCCUUGUCAACGUCGCCGGGGUCAUGGAUCAGUUUGAGCGGGUCGGCGACGUGUCAAACGAAAUCUGGAACCGUGUCAUGAACAUCAACCUCAACGGCCCUUUGAACACGAUGCGCGCCUGCAUCAACCACUUCCUGACGAAGACGACGGAACAGAAGGGCCGCAUAGUCAACGUCGGUUCUCUGGCUUCGAUCAAGGGCGGCACCGCUGGCGUCGCCUACACGACCUCCAAGCACGCCUUGCUCGGCCUCUCGCGCAACACGGCCUGGAUGUACGCCAAGGAGGGCAUUCAGUGCAACAUCCUGUUCCCCGGCGGCGUGAGCACGGAUAUCAUGAAGAACAGCAAAUCCAUCCCCAACAAGGUAGGAAUGGAUACGGUGAUGCCGACCAUGGCGACGUCGGUGGGAAACUGCGAGCCGGGAGACAUGGCGAGGGCGAUUCUGUUUUUAGCCAGCGCGCCCGGGCUGAAUGGCGCCGAGUUGAAGGUCGAUAAAGGCUGGUCGACUGCUUGA